UUAAUCUUUAAUGUUUAAACGAAAGUAGAAAAUUCGAUACUGACUUCACUUCUUUUCAUAUGAUUGUUACAUUGUUAAAUACAACGGUAAUGGAUUAUCUGAAAUAAAUAUUGUGUCAUAAUUUAAAGAACCGGAAAUUUCUGUAUAUGCGCGAGCACUUUAUAUUUUGGGCAGGUUUUCGUGAAAAUGGAAUGCUCAAUCAUUUUUGUUUUCGUGAUAUUACUUCAUGUUACAAUUGUUCAAGGUCGAGAUGAGUUCUGUAAUAAAGAUGGCGACUGUCCGAGCGAUGUAGAAACUUCCUUGCUUGUGGCUGCGUUUGAUUUUGGGACAACAUACAGUGGCUAUGCAUUUUCUUUCCGGGGCGAUAAACCAACGGAUAUUCGAGCAAGUCAAGAUUGGACUUAUGGAUAUCCUGUGCCAAGCAAGACAGCAACUAGUGUGCUUCUCACUCCUAGUAAAGAGUUCGAUUCAUUUGGAUUCGAGGCUGAAGAUAAAUAUCUAGGUCUGACCGAGGAAGAGAAACAUAAGGGCUGGCUUCUUUUUAGAAGAUUCAAGAUGAUUCUUCACAAUAAGAAGGACUUAUCACGAAAGACGACUGUAAAAGACAUAAAUGGUGUGUCAAUGCCUGCCAUGACGAUCUUUGCCAUGUCAAUUCGCUUCCUUAGAAACCAUCUGUUGAAACGCCUAGAAAAAGAAGAGCCAUGGGUCAAAGAGAGUGAUAUCAAGUAUAUAUUGACAGUGCCUGCUAUAUGGAAAGAAAACGCCAAACAAUUCAUGCGUGAAGCAGCGGUUGAGGCUGGCAUAAAAAGUUCCAAUCUGAAACUAGCGUUAGAGCCUGAGGCCGCUUCUAUUUGGUGUCAAAUUGCAACAGAUGAGGCAAGGACUAUGUUAUCUAAAGCAGGGACACAGUAUAUGGUGAUUGACCUUGGAGGUGGCACUGGAGAUAUAUCUGUACAUGAAAAGCAAAUUGAUGGUUCAUUAAAAGAGAUACACAAGCCUAGUGGAGGAUCGUUUGGUGGAACUCAAGUUGACGAUAACUUCUUGCAAUGGCUUACUAACUUAUUUGGCAAGUCUACCAUGGAAAAAUUUAAAGAAGAGGAAAUGGAGGCCUACUUUAAUUUACUUCGAGAUUUCGAGUCAAAGAAAAGACUCAUGCGACCAGACGUCAGUCGUAAAAUAACGUUUAAUGUAGGCCUAUAUAGACUUUUAGAAUUUUAUAAACGGAACGAGGACAUGUCAAUCGAGGAAAAGAUUGCUACUCUCGGACUUGAACAUAAACUGAAACUUUAUCCUGACAAGCUUAGAGUAGACGCUUCUAUAAUUAAAGAAUGGUUUGAUCCACCAGUACGAAAGAUAAUAUCACAUGUAAAAGACAUUCUUGCUGAGUCAAAUAUGAAAAAUGUUAAAACUAUUCUAUUAGUCGGAGGGUUCGGUGAAAGUGACAUAGUUUAUGAGGCAAUGCGAGCAACCUUUGGAAACACACAUGCAAUCAUAAGGCCUCAUGAAGCAAGUUUAUCUGUCCUAAAAGGAGCCGUGCGAUUUGGUCAUAUCCCGGAUAUAAUUAGGUACAGAAUCAUGCCCGCUACAUACGGUAUAGAAGUUGUGAGUGUGUUUAAUAAGGAUAUACAUCCUGCUUCGAAAAAGAUAAUAAGAAAUAACAGAGAAAUGGUUGACAAUAUAUUUCACAUUUUUGUUCGCAAAGACGAUAAUAUCGAAUUAGGCAAAGAAAUACUCGAAGAUGACUUUACUCCAACUGAUCUUCAGCAAACAUAUAUACCUAUAUAUAAAUCAACGAAACGUGAUCCGGAAUAUGUUACAGAUGAUGGGUGUACAAAACUUGGUGCACUGACUAUAGAACAUCCAGAGGGAAAAACGUUCGAAGACAAGAAAUUUGAUACAACAUUUGUGUUCGGUGACACGGAGUUAUUUGUUAAGGUGAAGAUUAAAAAAACAGGACAGGAAUUUGAUAAAUAUAUUAAUUGUUUAGAACAGUAACAUAUUUAACGAAUGUAAACGUAUGGUUUUAUGAUGAACUAUUACAAUAUUUUUCUUGUUAUGACAUAGUUACAUUUCCCACUGUAAUAUAUGAUUUACGGAAUCGAUUUUACUGUUUUCAUUGAUAAAACAGAUAUAUUUGCCGUGUAUAUAGGCACAUCAUGCUUCAGAAAUAAAAUGUGUUUUGUUUUCUUCCUUCUUUAGAAAAGGAAAACAUCAGUUUUAUAACGUAUAAAUGUUGAUUUUAGAGUAUGUUAGAUGCUUUUCACUUGAAGAAUGAAGUGCUGAUUGUUACGAAAGACCGGAAGGGCCGUUUCAACUUCAUGAAUUCCCGAUUUCAGCUUCAUGAAUUCACAAUCUGAACUUCGUGAAUUCCCGUCAAGUUGAAAUCGUGAAUCCAUGUAGUUGAAAUUGUGAAUUCGUGAAGUUGAAAUCGUGAAUUCGUGAAGUUAAAAUCGUGAAUUCGUGAAGCUGAAAUCGGGAAUUCAGUUGAAAUGUCACCACCGGUCUUUUAUAGAAUGUAGAACUAUUUGUCUAAAAACUAGUAAAUUGUAAACAAGUACAUACAAUCGUCAGUAGCAAGCUGUUGUUUCCGUGAGCAAGAAAGUUUACACAAAUUGCUUAGCACUGGUUGGUUCGAGAGUGUUCCAAUAAGCAUAUAGCUUUUAGCAAAAUAAAUUAGUGUAAACUAAACAUCGACUAUAAGAAAUUGUACAUAUAUUCGACGACUAUUCUUGUCAUACACAAGUGAGUGACAUUACUAGCAGUUAAUGUCAUGUUGUGUUAAUUAGUUUUAUUUUGAUUCUUAAAAAACAAGUUAACAAAUAUUUUGUUAUAUUUGUAGUUAAUAUCUUUACGUAAGGAGCAUGUGCAUUUUGAUAUUUAUUUUCAUAUUUAUUUUCAUUUACCAUUCAUGGUUAUAUAGGCAGUGAACAGGUAAAAUUAAAAUUAGUUCACAUUUUGCCAUAAUUCCGAGGCCAAAGGAAAUUUCUGUAAACAUUAAGUGGACUUUACCUGUCACUUUCAAUUUAUGACAAGAGUGGGGUCGUUUUUUUAUAUUUUAGACAGAUUUAUAUUUUAUCUAACAAGAGUUGGUCAAUCACCAUUACUAUAGUCAUUUUUUUUAAAUAUGUAGUCACUUUAGCACAACAUGACAAUGAAAAAAAUGAGCAUAAUAUGAUGAUGUCACUUUAAAGUUACGUUUCGUAAAUGUAUAAGAAUAUAUUCAGAUUCAAUAAUUUUACUGACUUCAAAUUUUGUAAAAACAAUAUAUCCUGGUGAUUUUCGAUUUUCGAUUUGAAUUGCAUUUUUAUAUAUCAUUACUUUUUUUUAUAUUUUACAAUACUGUUUGUUAUUUAUAAAUAAUAAAAUCCUUGUAUUUAGACCGCCAACGUGUCUGCGUCUGUGUUGCUUUCAAUCAAUUAUUUAAACCAAAAUGGUGAUUGUGAAUGGGUGUAUUAAUUUUAUUGUCAGGAGGAAAAUAUAAAUUGGGACUGAAACCAAAGAAAUAAAGAAAUGGAAAUUCGGUUCUUUUAAAACCCGAUCUAGAUUGUGGUAUGGUCUAAGGAUGUAUAUAUCACACCAUGAGAUUUAUAAAUUGCACUUUACUUUUUUUUUAUUUUGGGCGUAUUUCAACAUGAGCUUUAUGAUCUGAAAUCGUUAUUGCCUUUCAAGUUAUAUUUAAAAAUGAGAUUUAUAUUAUUAAACUGAAUUGUUUUUGUCAUUCAGUGCAUAUUUAUACAUGAGAUUUAUCAACUGCCUUGUUUUCGGGACCAGUUUCAUAAACUAAUUUUUUUUGUUAUUUAGGACGUGUUUGAUAAUGAUAUCUGGUAUUUGUUUGUUUGUUUGUUUUUGUCAUUUAGGACGUAUGUAAACAUAAGACUUAUAAACGGAAUUGUUUUGUCAUUCAGGACGUAUUUCAACAUGAAUUUUAUCAACUGAAUUUUUUGUUAUAAACUAAAUAGUUUUUGUCAUGGAGGACGUAUCAUAACAAUACAUUAAUAAACUGUUAAUUUAUA